AUGUCUAACGUACAGCCGCAACGCUUUGCGGCACACGACGAAGAGAAUUCUGUCAAGCGCCGGCGCUUGAGUUAUUCGACCCGCAAGGACGGCGACCAAGUCGCAGACCACAACGACAACGUAUCCAAGACGAGGCUUCACUCGCACGGCGAGCAGUCUACCAAUGCCGUUGGGUCCAUACCACGAUUUCUUCGUUUCCAUCUCAAAGUUUUGCAGUCUCUGGAGUCGGAGGCGAUCUCUACCGAUCUCUCUUGUCGGAAUAAAAUAUGGGACGCCGAGAAUGCUGGAACGAAGGAACGAGACGGUACAUCCGCUUCACUGCCGGCUGUCCUAGAGGCGAUCAAUCCCACCGAAACGUUCGGUUCGCCGCAGAUGACUUGUGUAGCCCAGCGAGAUGGCACGGUACCGGCAACGGCGUGGACCAACGUACAGUUGUUUCUCCAACAACGAUCACAGUUGCGUCGAGACCAACAGCAGGCUCGGCAAUGGUGUGCGGUCCACGAACAAGCCGUAACCUUUGGAAAAGAGGCGGUGGAAAGGAAUGAGCACGCCGAUAUGACUGCUCCCGUAGUGACGAGUCCACGACUCUCCUCUUUGUAUUCCCCGCAUCACGGAGUACCCGUGACUCAUGGACAGCUCCCGAAUUGCGAUGCGUUUUCAAUUGUGACUCGCAUUUUACGACGGCAAGUUAACGAGAGCCGAACUCACUUGGAAAAUGCUACGGGUUCACUGCGAGAACUAAACGCCUUUGUUGCCAACCGUCUAGCGGAUUUGGAACAGAAACUACGUCGUCUCGACGAACAUCGAAACGGGCAUCUUUCGGGCGAGGACCACAGCUCUGACAAUCUUCUGCGUCCGCCAGUGGACCAGGAUGAAGCCUUGCGCAGUACAUUGGCAUCCAUACACACCAGGAUCCAGUUAUGGAAACUGUUGGCGGCUGAUUUGUACGAUCUCAUGCAGUAA